UGCAGAACUGCAGUUUCAGAGCGCACAUUUCCUUUCUGAAGACACUGACAUGACAGUCCUCACAAACGCCCGUGUGCUGGAUUAAAAGGUUUUUGGUUGUGAUAUCAAAUGCAUAACCGGUCUGUUUUAAAGCGUUUUGAUAUAUUUAAAGUGGCUGCGGCUGACAUAAGAUAUUCUGAAGAUAAUGGAUUGUUUUUGAAAUAAUAAAAUGGAUCUGCCAGAGGAGGUCCUUGCACAUAUUUUUUCUUUCCUACCUUUACAGGACAAAUGCAAUGCGUUUACUGUUUGUAAGGCAUGGUCUGAUAUCAUGGCACAUCCAAGCUCAUGGAAAGACACCGAAGUCAGGUGUGAGUCAGGGACUAGUGUUCCUGAAAGAUUUACUGCUCUUCUGCCACUGGUCAGAAAUUUGAAGCUGAGCAUGAGUCUGACUGAUCCAGCCAAUCGUAGAACAGGACUGUGGGUGCUGCGGCAGGCAGUUGCCAAGGGUGAUGGGUGGCUGGAGGGACUUUCGAUCUGCUGUGUGGGGAAUACACCCCUCUUUUACACUGGUCAGGACCUGCAACAAGGCUUAGUGGACAUACUGACGAAUGGGUCAUCACUUACUGUGCUCGACUUAAGGGGUGUUACCUUCACUCUCAGCGACUCCUUUGUCAGGAGUGUAGCCAUGCUUUGUCCUGCUCUACGAAGUCUUUACAUCAACAAUCAUUCUCUGGUGUGUGGCGUCAAUGGUGAGACACUGAGGCAAGUGCUAAAGUACUGCCGGUCACUCAGUGUUCUUGGAGUUUUUCAGACCAGUCUGUCACAAGAUGUUUUGAAAGAUCUUAUGUUACCAGAGCAAUCAGCACUGAAGAAACUAGAGCUUCGUUGUGAACGCAGCCUCAAAUACGCACCGCCUCUCUGUGACCAAAUAUGGUCAGAGUUAAAACUGAGACACCCACAUCUCUGGGUGGAGCUUGAGCUGGACCACACCCUCCCUGAAUUGCAUGUUCCUGGGGUUCUGCAGCCCAGCAUCCCAGUCCGAUGUCUACGCUUGCUCACUUGGACAUUGCUGUUGGAUGAGGUUCAUCUAGUAGGGAAGAGUUAUGCAAACACACUGGAGGUUCUGGAGCUGCAGACACCCUCCUCUCCUGAACUAAACUCUGCUCUGAUAUCCUUAGCAAAGCAGUGUGUCAAACUUCGGGAGGUUCACUGUUAUUGUGUGGUCUCGCAUGACGUGAUAACAGCGUUCAUCACACACUGUCCAAACCUCUGCAAAUACACACUCAAAAUACAUAAAGAGCCUCAUCACAGACCUGCAUAA